AUGCAGAUCAGCCGUCUCCCGCUGGAAUGCCUGAAACAAGUGCUCGACCACCUCGAACCGGAUGAGCUGAUUGCCCUCCAACGUACCACUCGCGACUUUCGCCGACGCAUCAACGACCGAGGACUGUUGCCGGGUCGUAUCCGGAAGCUGUCAAUCCAUGGGCUUUAUGUUCAUGACCGCCCCGAUCAGUUGAAAAUGUCGGGUAUAUACGUGGUGGUGGAGAGCCGUGGUGGCGUCAACAUUUGCACCGGUUAUCCGCACAAGAGGCUCUACCACACCGUCGAUCGAGCAGAUGGGGACACGGGCAAGGAAGGAUACCCGCGGAAUUUUGGCAGAUUCGGAUUGGGGAUAAGGCGGAUGAUGAUGAGACGCUACCGUAUGAAGUCAGCCCGGUAUUUCGUGCAGUUCGCUCGCCUCCUCCAGCGGAUCCGGGUCCUUCCAGUUCUAUCCAUCAACGUGCACGACACCGGCGUUUCGCCCGACGUCUGGUCACCAUUUCACGAUUGGCACUACAGCAAGCUAGUCAAGCUGCGGAAACGUUCUGAUGUAGAACCGCAUGUAGUGGCCUGGUAUGCAAAAACAAAGCCGAUACAGAUGGGACAAGUGAUCGGUGCGUUCCGAGUGAUCGAAAAAUGCUGCUGCAAUUCGCUAACGGAAACCGUCUUCCCGCAUAUAAAGGCGCUAUUCAAUUGUGUGCCAGAUGUAUUCCAAAACCGAGGGGCCGCUUUCGUCUACCUUCGCCAGCCUUUGGCAGCAAGACAUCAAUAUUGCCAAGACCAUUUUGAGCAUUGGCCGAGCCGGGCGCUCAUUUGGCAAAACCUUGAUUAUGAUGAGGCUUUUGCAGCAAUACAGGACUUGCUGCCCAGAUCUCCCAGCCUACCGCCCGGCCGUCUCUACACCCAUUUUGGUGAUUUUCGGCCCGUGCCAGCGAACCCGGCAAAAUUCGUCUGGGAUAUGUUGGUGCAAACUGGCUUGAGGCCGUUGAGCGCUAAUUCUGCAGGCUCUCUCUACCUUCAGUGCGUUUUCGAUCGACACGUCUCCGAGGAGUUCGGGCAAGAGAUUGGCACGUGCUUUUUUUACCGGCCUCAUCAAACAAUCGCUGUGGCAUUGAUGUUGCGGCUGCAUCAAAAAGAGAAGAAAGUUUCGAUCUGUCGCGACGUCCAUGCAACGAUGAGUGUUAUGGCGUUUCCGCAAGAAAUAUAUAUA